AGUUAAUAUUGCGAGAGUGGUGGACGCAAAAACAGGAUCGACAGUUGAUUAUUUCCCGAGAGUUACAUGUAUAUAGCAGAAGAAGAGAAGUAUACCUCGGAGCAUACCGUAAAGAACUCCCUCUAGUGUGAAACCGACGAUGGGGUCACAGGCCCUUCUGUUUCUGCUGUUCCCUAUUCUCAGCAGCUGCAGUCACUUCCGGGGAGGGACAAUUAUGAUGGAGGCACUCAACUCGACCCAGGUGUCAUCUACCGGACCGGUUGCAUACAACUUUGUGUUCCGUAUGUCAUGGCGUACGACAUACUACGUGCGAGCGCAAAGAUGCUUGACCUCGGGAAAGUGUGGCUACUCAUUCGGUGACGGUGAAUUGCAGUGUCGAUCAGGCUGCACUGGAGCGUUAGGGAGCCUUCGUGUGCAGUGCACGGAUUGCAGCCUGUCUGGAGAUUGGAGCACCGGUAGCAACAAGUUUGUUUCUCAAUUACCAGUGAACAGUUCGAUCGAAGCCUCGUUCACUGGCGGUGACUGGAUAUCUGGUGUUGGUGGUCGUUGGGAGCUACGAACACGACUGAAUACCACGUUACGUAAUGGCGUACUGAACACUUCACCAAUCGCAGCGAUGACACCCAUCGUUGUCGUACAAGCAAACUGCAACAAGACCAUUCAAAUCCCGGUACAAGAUAGGGACGGUGACGUGAUACGGUGCCGCUGGGCCGAAGCGGCCAAAGGUGAAUGCGCCAGUGUUUGUCACAGAUAUCAAGGUAAGCUGCUAGAGACUGAAUGCAAGUUAGUUUGGACAGCGACGACAGUAUCUUCGAACUCCUACAUUCCUGUUGCGCUACAAGUUGAGGACUUUGAAUCUGUUGACUCGGCAACUGCUUUGAGUAGCAUCCCUGUCCAGUUCUUGAUCCAGGUGGUGAAGUCUGCUGAACCUUGCUCGAGCGGUCCGGUGUUUAUUCCCCCUACUCGGUAUGAUGGCUCGUGUAUAGGAGUUGCCUAUGGGACUACCCUGAAUGAAACGAUCCUGGUGGAUGUCGGGGCUGAUGAUAACACAGUGACUGAAGUGCAAACCCAGUCCCCGCGAGAUCUGAUGCGUCACUUGUGGCAAGCGGGACCCCAGCUGUGGGCAUUGACCUAUACGUGGCUUGCAACCAAGGGAGACACAGAACCCAAGAUAUUCUGCUUCAAAGCUGUUGAUAAGAUUGCCCGCUCCACUGAGCAGCGCUGCGUGACACUCAUCCCUGGUGUGCCCCCUCCAAAGAUCAUGACUAACUCACCACGGGGAGAGAUCAACAAAGAUAAUUCGAAAUGGUUACUGGAGUUCAACACUGCCAUAUUCCGCCCCAAUCGAACUACGAACGUGAACUUCCAUCAGGCAAAGGACAACACGAUAAUCUUCCGAGUGGACGUUUCUAAACCAAAGAUGGCUAACUACGAGUUUCGAAAACUGACGUUACACAGAUCAUUCGCUUUUAUUGAAAAAGAGGAGUAUUACGUAACCCUGGAAGAUGGCGUUGCAAAAGGUAAGGAAUUUUGUGGUCCAGAGACUUUCGCGUUAACUGAUCAAUCGUUUUGGACUUUUAGGAUCAAGGACACGACACCGCCGGUGCUUUCCUGUACGAGUUGUCCCUCGGGCAGCCGGUCAUCCAUCAAGUUCUCCUGGUCGAUUAACGAACCAGCAACUGUUCAUUGUAAAAUGCUAAAUCCACAGUUUGUAUUUGUCACAAUCAACUGCUCUUCUACUGGAAUCAGUUCUGGCAAGUUGCCAGAAGGCCGGUAUACCUUGCUCAUAGAUACCCAAGAUACAGCGGGUAACAUUGCUGCAAAAAGGCUGACAUUUUACAUAGACACCACACGUCCGCUGAUAAGCAACCUGGUCGGUCCACCAGCAAACACGAACCAAACUUCUGCCCUUGCUAGUUUCACAUGUUCAGAUGACUUCAGCAGAGACUGUAACUUUGAAUGUGUCCUCAAUGAGCUCCCACCAUCCCCGACUGCAAGUAACACCUUUUAUAAAUGUACAUCUCCCACCUCUCUUGGUCCUUUUGAGACUGCCCGGUAUAACUUCACAGUAAGAGCUAUUGACGGGGUAGGUAAUGUAGGUCUUAGUAAGUCCAUUUUGUUCUACUCAGAUAAAUUCCCUCCGAUAAUGACUCUGCCCAAUAUGGUGAAAAUAGACUGCGGUGAUGAUAUGUCCCCUUCUGCUUUAGGAAAGGCAACGGCUACUGAUAAUGUGGGCAUCAAGGAAAUCUCCUUCAAUGAUACUUAUGCAGGCUCAGUAAGUAACUGCAUGACACUGAGAUACUGGACUGCCAUUGACUUGGCGGGUAAUAUCGUGCGGGCAGCCCAGACAAUAUCAUUUUCAGGUGUCGAGACAAUGACAGUCAGCGGACUACCAUCCAUUGACAUUCCGUGCGUCGAUGCUGCAACUGCGCUGGAGGAUUUGAAAGAUUGGCGGAAGUACCUUACAAUCAAACAAAAGUGUGAGCGAAAUAUCAAAGUGGCCUUUAGAGAUGAUCCUCCUCUCCAACAGUGCAAUUCAAACACGGAAAGGGUGUGGGAAAUAACAGAUGAUUGUGGUCAUCGUGUACUCCACAAACAAACACUGAGAAUCCUUCCCGCAGAUCUACCGCUCUAUCCUCCUAUUGGCAAGGUGAAUGUGGUUUUACAGCCUCAGUUUGUCUGGAAACCCUACCCAUUCACCACUGGUUACUCGCUCUAUGUCUGGCCAAAGCAAACGAGCGAAUCCAGCGCCAGCAAAUACACCUUGUAUCAGACCACCUACACCGUGCCAAAACCAUUACAGCCGAAUACUAAAUAUCUGUGGAAGCUAGUUUACCACCUGAAAGACCAAGUUCUUCCAAGUCCAACCUGGGGAUUCCAAACGCACCCCGUGACCGACCUUACUGUGCAGAGCAUCCUCGCCCCCCCAACAGCAUUUACAAGAGAAGACAUCACUAUUGAAUGGACGGUGAAGAAUGCGGGUGGUGCCGCUUCUGGAACGUUUCAUUGGUCAGAUGGUAUUUACAUCAGUACGACACCCAACAAACGGAAUGCAAGGUUUCUCCAAGAUGUUGUUCAGAAUCGCAUCCUGUUGCCCGGCGAUGGCUACCGGGCCUCGACUAAGAUUAACGUCGACCAUGCUGACUUUGGUACCUAUUAUGUAUUCAUCGAGGCGGACAGAUACAAGGCCAUGCCCGGUGAGAUAGAAUGGUCCAAUAAUCUCCUCAUGCGGCCCUCCCCAACUGAGAUACUCCUGUCUCCGCCACCUGACCUACAAGUUGACCAGCUCACAUUGAUACCCGAGAGUGUCUACUCGGGCGAGGAGAUCACAGUCAAAUACCGCGUUGUCAAUUCAGGAAACGGUAUUCUACGAGACGAGACUUGGUAUGACAGGAUUGCCAUUGAUGUAGGGCGCGUGAAGACCCUGCACCUCGGUGCGGAGAAACCACAGCUUCUGCCGGGAAGUUCGUACGAGCGCUCCGUAAAGGUGAACGUCCCACGUAGAAUAUUCGGAGACUUCAACGUCACCGUCAUGACAGACAGCAGAGGAAGCAUUUUCGAACAUCUAAACGAAGCAAACAACAUAAAAGGUGCAUCACUGAAAAUUCGAUUAUCGCCUCCACCUGACUUGGCCGUAGAGGUGAUAGACGUGCCGAAAGCCGUUUCAACAGAUGAGCUGCUGAUUGUUAAGUAUACCGUGAGGAAUUCUGGGAUUGGAGCGAAUUACGAGCCAUACUGGUAUGACCGGAUCCAAGUGGUCACCAAGUUAGCAUCAGUCACAAUUGGUACUGUUUUCAAUCGAGUUAUUCUGCUAUCAGGCAAUUCAUAUACCAAGUCAAUCCAGUACAGAAUCCCAUCAAGUCUCAUCACGGGAACCUAUACUAUUUCUGUGGUAGCAAAUUCAGGAGGGUACGUGUUCGAGUAUGAAGCAUAUGCAAACAAUCGGAAGAAUGUCAAUAUCAAAGUAGUGCAGAAACUUGCCGACCUCACCGCGGGCAUCCAAGCACUAACAAACAGCGCCACCAACAACGGAAAUAUCUUGAACAUCACACUCAAGGUCACCAACGAGGGUUACGCACUUCCGCAGUCAAGUCGAUUGACAGUUCAAAUCUUUGCAAGGAGAGGAUCAACCCGCUAUAAUCUCAAUAUAUUUAUAAUCCCCCUCUUGGCCUCCGGUAAUGCCAUGAAAACACAACAGGUGGCGCUGCCGCUUGAUCUCUAUGGUGAUCUUGACAUCGGUGUUAAGCUGAAUGACGGUCGGUCGAUAGCAGAGACUGACUACUCAAAUAACGUUGCCACGUCAGCAAUUCGUGUCCCUGAUGCCAGACCGAGCCUUAAUGUUGAGAAUAUGGAGACUGGGGGUAAGUUGCUUUCAGGGAGGAACGCUUCUUUCCAAUGGACCGUUCGCAAUCAAGGCAUCUCAGACAUUCGCCAAUCUUCCUGGGUUGAUGCCCUCUACUUCGCACAACAAGGCCAACCAUCCUCGCAGUGGAUCAAUCUCGCUAGGCUCUCCAUGUCUAUCGCAUUAUUUGCUGGUAAGACGUACACUACCAAAUCGGUGGUGCCAGUGCCAGAGUCAGUCAGUGGGUGGGGAUUCAUUGUCGUCAUACCUAAUGAUGACAAGGCAAUCAUAACGAAAACACCAACGGAGCAUUACCAAGUCACAGCCCAGAUAGGAAUGCCAGCUACGGCCGAUCUGGUUCCCAUGAGGAUCACCACCAAGCAGGAGACGUUUGGUGGGACGAGAAUUCUGACGGUUAACUGGGAAGUGGAGAACAAGGGUAACAGCUUCAAUGAAGAGACUACUUGGAAAGAUGUGGUGACUGUGAGAAAAGGCGACAGGAAACUACAGAAGUCACAUGCUGUGUCAGCCAAACUCAAUGCACUUUCAAGGUACGAGCAGAGUUUGACUGUGGUGCUCCCUGCUGGGAUGACUGGCCGGGUGACUGUGUCGGUCUCAGUAGACGCCACUGAUGCAAUCCCUGAAUACCAAACUGAAGACAACAAUGAAGAGAGUAUCGAUAUCAAAGUGCAAGACAUUCUUAAACCUGUGUUUUCUGUAGGAGACAUUGAUGCAACCGUGCCGAGUUUGGCUGGCGAGCGAUUCAACAUCACUUACAAUGUCAAAAAUAAGGGAGCCAAUAUGCCGAGUUCGACCUGGCAAGAUGGUGUUUAUGUCUACAGUGGUGGCUCCCCAACCCUCGAGAACAUUGUGAACGAUGGGGUGUUAUUGGGUACUGUCGACCAGAGUCGCAAGGUUGAUUCUGGGGAAACCUACUCCCAGCAGGUGGAAGUGGCGUUACCCUCUGGCACAGCUGGAGAGGGAAAACUCUUCAUCGUCACUCGACUAGGAGAUGCCCGUGACGGGCAACAGGAUGUGAUGGUCAUUCCAGACGAACUAGCCUUCAAAGUCAAACCAAUGCCCCUACCAGAUCUUGAAACGGUUAUGCUACCCGAUGCCAUUUCAAUAGAGACCGAACUAGCGUUCUUCCUCGGAUAUACCAUCAAGAAUAUAGGGAAAGGCCGCACUCUGAGACCUUGGUGGGAUAAGAUUUAUCUGAGCACAGACACCACACCAGACCCCUUCGACAAAGUUCUCAAAUCCGUACUUUCUGAGAUACUCUUAGGAGCGAAUGAAUCGUACGCGCAGUCUGUGGAAAUCAGCAUCCCGUCAACUAUUGUAAGUGGUCAGUAUUACCUAUUGGUGGAAACAGGAGUGCACCUCACCGAGGAGACGAAGGAAGGAAACCUAGCUUGGAAAACUCUACUGGUAAAGCAACUGCCACCAUCAGAUCUACAAGUCGUUUCAGUCACUGCUGACAGAACUGAUCUCAUAGCAGGGGAGGAGUUUAAUCUCGAGUGGACCUUGGCCAAUGCCGGUGUUGAGAAAGCUCACGGCUACAAAUGCGACAAUCAGUACCUUAGCCAGAACAAACAUUGGGAGAUAGAAGACGAGGAAUUGAGGAGCCCAAUCUGUGGACGAUUCGAAUUGGAACCAUACCAAUCGAGAAACAAGACAUACAAAUACAGCUCGAAAAGCCUCGUUCCGUUCACGACAAUUGGGCUGUACAAUGGUCUUGUGACGGUCGCAAGCAAUGUCUAUGAUGUUAAUCUCAACAACAACUACAACUCGACAGAUGCAUUAAGUGUCACCAUGCCUGUACUCAAAAUGGGCGUUCUUAAGAAGAUCAUCAUGUCAGGCUCACGUGAUAGAAUAUUCAGGAUUACCAAUGUACCCGAUGAAGCUGUGUUGAUCAUAGAUCUGAUGGGGCCACCUAGUGGUGCAUUCCACAACUUGUAUCUCAAGAAGGAGGACACCCCUACUUCCGGUGAUUAUGACGUCAGAUCCAGUCAAGCCUUCUCUGUCUCGCAGACAAUUGUUGCUGUUAACUCCGCGCCGGGUGACUUCUAUUUGUUGAUAACAAGCACAGCAGAACAGAAUCCUUAUGAAAUACAGCUCUUCGCAAAAUUGGCAGAGUUUGAAAUCCAUAAGGUGCAGCCAUUGAGUGCGGCUUUGGUCGACCAUGUUACCUUCACCGUCAAUGGUGCUCUAUUUCACAAGGAAAUGACGGUGAGCUUGAAUGGCAGAAGUGGAGAAAUCGUACCAACUCGUAUUACUGUCUCCAGUAUUUCUCAAGCGUAUAUCACCUUUGCCCUUGGUGGUCACGUAUCAGGGGAUUACCGUAUGCGAAUGAUGGAUAUCAGUACCGGUAAAACCAUUGAGAGCAAAGAGGUUAUUACAUUAGCUGGGAACCUUUCUCCUGGUCUCCUCUCUGUGGAGUUCAACAGUGGUAGAGCUCUCAGAUUAGGCGAGACUGGUACACUCGACUUGGUCGUUAAGAACUCAGGCAACUCAGAUACACCGACUCCAGUGUUCCUCCUAUCUGCGCAACCCGGUGGACUAUUCAGUCCCUCCUUUCAGGAAGGUUCCGGCGCUCGAAAUGAAUGGUUAUUUCUCGCACCAACCACUAAUGACUAUUGGAAGUCGCUGACUCCUGGGAGUGUCCGCAAGUAUUCCUUUUCACUGCCAUCCCCUGCAGAGCCCAUGCGCCUAGAGCUCAAGUUGGUGCUGAUUUCCGACUCCAGUUCCAGAAGCGUCGAAGAGCAACUGGUGGCUGACCUCAGAGAGACAAGAAGGGACCUGGAUGAAAAUCAAUGGGACGCCCUACGCGAGCGAUUCCUCUCUAUUUACGGAAACAAUUUUGAAUCUUGGAAAAAUCACAUCUUAGAUGUGGUAAGUGAGCAAAUAAAGUAUAAGAGAAAGGUGUAUGGUAUAACAGAGAUACUUGAGUUCAUGUUGAACUUGGCUGAUAACAUGAUAACAGACAAACUAAUGGAGGAAACCACAGACAUUUGGGAACCAACUGUCACCGACAUUCUUUUGUCGAGAAGGUUUUCACAACGGAAGUCGGUUGCAGGCAAAAUUGGAUAUUUCGGACAAGGUUGGACCACGCCGCUGCUUGACUUUAAACUUUUAGCAAGAAGUGACACAAGCAUUGGAUUGCUAAUACAGCACUUACCAGUUUACCUGGUGAAGACUAGCGAGAACGUUUACGCAGGCCAAGGCUACAGUGCAACUGCAAACGAAACACACCUAAAUGUAACAUCACUGGGAGAUAAUGUGAGAUACGUCCUUGACAUUAACACAACCAAAAUGGUCAUGACCUCAUUUCGAAACAGAAACCUCAUCUAUAUCUAUACAGACAGCACAGUUGAAAUUGUGGACUCUGACGAGAAUCGCCUUGUUUUGAGUGUUGCAUCUCAUGUUGGUCACAGUUUGUGUGAAAAGGCUGUCCUCCAAUCUCGAGAAGGAAAGAGACUGCAGACUGUAAAUUAUGAGUACAACGCGAACACCCCACGGCUGAUCUCAGUUACUGCGCGUGGGCAAGCUGUUAGUUUUGUGUACAAUUCGCACGGUCUCUUGUCAUACAUCAGAUACGGAAACGAGUGGGCAGAUCUUUUCAAGUACACACCGCAACAAGUUCUUAAGAGUCUAGAAAAGAUUAAUCCUGAUGGCCUAGUUGUUCAUAAAACAUCGUUUACCGCAACAACGUUUGGAACGCUGUUAUCAAAGCUGUCUAACGUCACAUCGAAGAUCGUGUAUGAUAUAACCGGGCGACAAAUAGCAUUCUCUCCGUCCGAAGAUGCUGCCCCUUUCUUCUGGGAAACAACCACAGGUGGCGCUAGGUUCAAGUUAUAUUUAGGGGACGAGGUUCUGCAAUCAGGAUCCCAGGACGGGUUCAAGGUAACUGGCAUAAAUGCCAAUAGAGGUCGCUCCAGCAUGGUGGGGACAUCAGAUGGAACGUUUGAAAUACAUGAUCCGGCUAAUAAUGUCUUCAGAAUGGAAUUUGACAAAGAAGAGAGAUUGAAAAAGUAUAUCUUCCCUGAUGGCUUGUUUGAGAGUUAUUCUUAUAAGCGCGGUAGGAUGAGCGCCGCCGUGGCCAGGGAUGGAACUAAGACAAGCCUGACUUACGAUCACAGAGGCCGGCUUGACAAUGUCACAAUGUCCGAUGGGUUUCUGUUGACAGAAUACCUGGACCAGGAAAAGGGAAACGAGAUCCGCCAGCUCUCCAAUCAGAAUGACGUGGUCAACAUUGACUACGAUGAAUAUGGACAGCCAGUAAGGGUGGAGCACUCUGAUGGCCAUGCGGUGAUCUACUCGUGGAAUGCACUGCGUCAAGUAACAGCCAUCCGGACGACCAACUAUUCUGUCAGUUAUGGAUACAACAGCCAUGGAAAGUUAGUGCUGGUGAAGGAUGAACUAACCGCUUCUCCCCUGGCUCAGUUUGAGUACGACCCAUCUGGACAGCUGUCGAGGAAGACGCUUGGUAAUGGUGAUUACACCACCUAUGCUUAUCAUUCAGUUACCAAGCGCAUCAAUUCUUUGACCAACUUCUAUAAAAAUGGCACUGUCGCGUCGUAUUUCAGGACCACGUUCAAUAAUAGAGGUCAGAGGCGGCGGAUGGAGACUGCCAGAGGAGUCUGGACCUAUAACUAUGAUGCGGGUGGCCAGAUCAGCAGCUGGACCAAACCCAAUGGGGAAGUCACAAACCUAGAUUACGAUAAAGUCUUGAAUCGCUUAGUCGUAACGAAAGGCGUUCUAACCACAACAUACAAACACAAUGACCUGAACCAGAUGACCAGUGUUGAUACUCUAAAGUUACAAUAUGAUCACAGUGGCAAUUUGGUCUACAAGGAAAACGCGGAUGGCUCCCGCCUGAGAUUACGGUUCAAUUCUAUCAACCAGCUAGUUAAGUUGGAUAAUGAGAAAUACAGUUGCAACUUUGUUUACGAUCCCCUCGGAGCUCUGAUGAGGCAUAACUGUUCUGAUGGGAACUCCACGCGGUAUCUGACAGACUACUUGGCUCCCUAUGGCUACAAUGUGCUGGCAAGGAGAAGCGGGGGCAAACAGGAGAACUUUUACUAUGCCCUUUCGCUGGGACUCCUCUCCGCCAAAGACGACCAAUCCGCCUACUUUUAUCACUUUGACCCCGACCUGUCCACGGCAGCUAUCACAGACGACAAGUCUCUAUUACUCAAUUCGUAUGAAUACAGCCCAUUUGGCGAAGAUAUCAAGACCGUAGAGCAAUGGCUAAGGAAUCCUUUCCGUCACAGAGGUCAGCUUGGAUUAUUUCAGCUGCCCGGUGCGAGCGAUAAAUACAUGGUACGUGCCAGGGUUUAUGAUCCUGAGAUGGGACGUUUUAUCAGUAUGGAUCCAUAUCACCAUGGCAGACAGGGAACGACCAACUCGUACGCUUACUGCAACAACAACCCACUAGACUGCAAAGACGCCAAUGGUGAGUGGUUGCAGUUCGUUGCUGCUGCUGGGCUUAUUGGAGGCGUUGUCAAUACAAUAGCAACCACAGGCUGGAGUGUGUCCCAAGGAAUGAGUAAUGGGCAGACCUUUAUCCAAAGUUUACCAUCGCUUGGUAAUGUGGCAGGCUCCUUUGUGACGGGCGCAUUGACGGGAGCUGCUAUCGCUGGUGGGGCAUUGCCUGGAGCGAUGGCCGGCACAACACUGGUAGGUGGUUUCGUCGGCGGAGCAGCAGGAACCGCUCUUUCUAAUGCUAUAGACGGAAAGCCCCAGAACCUUGGCUCAACCGUUUACAAUGGUAUCCUCAAUGGGUUAGGGGCCAAAUUCUUGCCGCCGAGCUUUAUAGGGCCGUAUGCACAGCACCUGAAUAAUAUUGUCAAACACAGCUAUCUCUAUUGGAUUACAAGGAACAGCUUUAAGGAGAGCAUGAAACGCUUUUGGAAACCUUUUGCACUGACAUUUGGAUUUGGAUCCGGUCUGGGCAUAUUUGCAGGAAACUUUCUCGAUAAGAUAUGGAAUGCAUCGCCCGAAUGGGUCCGUUCACGCGACCCUAAUGACAUUAUAGGCCCAGCAGGCUACGGUGAUUUAAACUUCAUUCCACCGAAGCUGAUUGGCAGAUACAAGAUCCGAUUUGAAAAUGUGGAAAACGCUUCAGCGCCAGCACAGAAGGUUGUCAUAAAGACAGAGAUAAGUGAAUCAGUUGAACUAAGAACGUUUCGAUUGGGCCCGAUUGGUUUUGGUGAGAUUGCCCUUGACCUUGAUUACAGCAAGGCCAUGCACAGAAGUGCCCUUGACCUUUCUCGUUCAAGGUCGUAUGCGGUGCGAAUCCAAGCUGGUAUUGAUGUGAUUGAGAGGACAGCUUGGUGGGAACUCACCACGGUGAACGCAUCGACCGGAGAGCUCAUCCCAGACCCGCUAAUCGGAUUCCUGCCGCCUAACAAUAACGCGAGCCAAGGAGAGGGAUAUGUGACCUAUGAAAUAGCAAUGAAAUCAUCCUUACCUCAUAUGUCAAAGGUCAAGGCCAAAGCUGCCAUUGUCUUUGAUGAGAAUGAGGUGAUUGAAACGCCAGAAAUAUACAAUACCAUAGACGCCACGAAACCUUCUUCAGUAUUGAUGGUUCAAGAGAAUAUCUCCGAGCCCAUGCUGCAGAUCCAGUCAUCUGACACUGGAGCAAGUGUGAGGAGAGUCAACAUCUACAGGUUAACCAGUGAAGGCCAGUUGAGUCCGUUCCUCCAGGAUCUAGAAGGUGAAACGGCCAUCUUGCUCCAAGAUUUACCUGUUCACGAAAACAACAUGAGCCUUGUAUCAAUCGCCAGCGACAAUGUUGGUAACAUGGAGGAGAAGGUUAUCAACGCCAGCUUAACGACAGUGUCAGUGACUACCUCCACAGCAAGAUGCCCCGGUGGCUGCUCUGGCAAUGGUCACUGCUCUUCCUCGGGGAUCUGUAACUGUAAGCCAGCUUUCAUUGGCCUCAACUGCUCGGAGAUAGGUUUGUCCAUGGAGCCUCCAGUUCUCCUCUUCUGGGUGGCCAACGCCACGCAGGGUGAGGCAAAGGGCUUCAUUGGCUACCGACUCGUUUCCAACGCAUCGUUUCAUCUAGAAGAGAUCAAGUUGGUGAAUAUUUCUGAUGGAAUACAAUGGACUGGCAAAGGUGAAAUAGAUGGCAAUGAUGUCACAUUAAAACGUGGGGAGAUUGGGAACUUCUCCCUGGGGGUUUACUGUCACAGCCAUGUUGGUUUCCACGACAUAACUGCCCGGUACAGUUUCGAACCUUUUGUGUCUCGACAAUAUGUGGUUGCCCGAUUCUAUAUAACCCAUGAUGAUUGUCAGAUGACCACCCCACUCCCUACGAUUGCUGUGCCCACUAGCGCUGGCAGGAUACGACCAGAGAUCCUCUUCAUCUCACUUUCUGCAGCAAUGUUUCACUUCUGGUUUCAUCAAAACCUCUAAAUGAGGGCUGAUAUUUGUAAUAUGUCUUGUCAUUUCUGGUCGUCGUCGUCGCCGUCGCCCUCGCCAUCGCCAUCGUCGUCAUCAUCACAGCUGGGAGUUGUUUUAACCUUUGCACAACUUCAACUGACAAUAACUUGAACACGUGGUGAAAUCAUUGAUAAGUCUUGCGCGUUCUAAUGAUGGUUUGGAGUGUUUUAAAACAUACCCCGCCACUGGCCAGUGAUAAUGGUUCAUGUUACAUUCAUCUCAAUGUAAACAGUUGGUCAAAGAAGACUAUAGGCAGGAAGCAGAGUCCCACCGUCCAACGUCUCCACCUGACUCACAAGAGGCACUGGGCCUCGUUUCACUGGAACAUAUGAAUAGUAUCAUCCGUCCAUACGUGAAUAGUGGCAAUGUAUACCUGCUGCCAGGUAGCAGAGACACCUAUUGGCCACUUGGCAUUUUCUAUUUGACCCACUUUGCUCCUGCGUGUAGUCUUUCUAAAACAAUAACGUUAUCAGAAGCAAUGCUUUCAAAUCGUUUUAUGCACAUUUCUACAUCCGCUAUGUGCUAAUGAUUCUCUAACCAAGAUAAUAUAUAAACAAAUAAAAUUAUGAAAUUAUUGAUGCAAUGAUGAUCCAUUUUGUUGAAUUACCAGUUGGUCAUCUAAACAGAUUCUGAGAUGCUUUAUGACUUUCGUGUUAAAUUCUAACAGUCACUGUCAUUGAAUUACGAUCCAUGUGUUGGCCCAUUUGUCAUACCUGAAUGUCUUGACUUGACAGUAAAAAUUUACAAGCUGUUUUCAACAUCAACAGGCUAAAACCUGCAUUUAUUGCCACAAAAUGUCAGCAACUUUUUGCAAAAGUUGAAAAAAGCAUCGACAAAGUCUAGAACUUACUGUAAAAAUUCAUGUACACCUGGUAACUGAUGAAAAGAAUGUAAAGCUCAGUGAAUGUAGUGGUAAGGUCAGUGUAAUGUAUUGUGGUACACAUCCAGUAGAUCUCGGCAAUCAGGGGGUGGUACUUCGACCAUCUCCCUAUGAGGUGCAUAUGGGCAUGAUCUUUGAGCCAAGCACGAUGAAGAGAAAAGUUCAGGCUGCGAUAAAUGACUUAAUAUAUAGAAGAAAGAAUAUUUCAUUAUCUCAAUUUCGGGUGUCCACUCACGAAGUAAAAUACAGGCUUUUCAAAUCUCAUUGUAUGUCUCUCUAUGGGUAUCAGGGGUGGGAUCUAUCAUUUCAAGGGAUUGAGAAUGGAGAAUAUGUAUUAGAAAACUUCUGAGCUUACCGUAUCGAACGCAUAAUGCUUUGAUUCCGUUAAUUAUACUGGAUUUUCCACCUUCGACUUGGUAAAUGUAUAUUGAGGGUGGGAGCCGGUGUGGCGGGGAUAGUAGUGCUAGGGCUGAUAGUCCGUGUAACAAUAGCCCGCAUUGCUAAAUGUUUUGGUUAGGGUUAGUGGUACAAUAGAUCAUGCUGCUUAAUUGGUCAAAUACAAUGCUACCGGACUAUGACUCCAGGGGGACUAUAUCCGCUGUCACACCGGUCGUCUCUGGGGAAAUGUUUAAUUUCUUGGUUGCUAAGUAUGGAUGGGAUAGGGGCAAUUUGCCCAAAUUAUAUUCUACAUUAUGUGUUAAUUAAUUGAUGAAUUGGUGAGCCACAUUGAUCUCUCUAUAAUAGAAUACUAGGAGUGUAAAUUACUUAUAAUUUGUAGCUUGUAUUUGUAGCGGUUAUCUCUUUAUAUCAGUAGGCUAUGGUACUGUAAAUUUAUUUGUCAUCUGUAGUUUGUAAUGCACGACCAACUGUAAUGAACUCCUGCACUAUAAAUGUACCAAUGUGUACGAAUAAACACAUAUAUAAAUGUGCAGUGAGGUGUAAUGUAUUGUGUUACACAUCCAGUAUAUCUCGGCAAUUAGAGUGAAGUGAGGUCAUUGUAAUGUAUUGUGGUACACAUCCAGUAGAUCUCGGCAAUUGGAGUGCACUGAAGUGAAACAAGCACAUUAGGCCAUGGGACGAGUGUGAAAAAUGUGAAGUUCCGUUUGACAAAUUAGCGCGCAAAUUGAAAACAGUCGUUUUUGGUUAAUAUGGGGGUGCUGAUUUCAAAAAUCAAUUCUUCUCCCGCGUAAAGUUGCACAUUAAGUCAGAAAUGAAACAGUUUUUAUCCAUUUAUAGUCCCUAUGAAGAUCGUGGGACAGGGUCAAAGUUACCACUUUUGCCCUUUUUGACCCUCCCUGGGGGUCUCACGGUUCGUUAAGGGGGCCAAAAACUAUGCAAUGUUAAAGUACCCCCAUAGACCUUCAUUUUGAUACCCAUGUUGACAUGUUUCGAUGACAUCAACUUUUUGACCCCUACCUUGGGACCAUUAGGCCCUAUUAAGGGUCUCAUUUCUGACCUAAUGUGCAACUUUACGCGGGAGAAAAAUUGAUUUUUGAAAUCAGCACCCCCAUAUUACCCAAAAACGACUGUUUUAUUUGACAGUAAUCGUAUAGACCUUCAGAAUGAUACCCAUGACAACACUCUCGGGUAAGGGUUGCCGAGAUAGUAAUUUUGACCCCUUUUUAGGCUCCAAAUUUAAGAUCUCGAAAACCUUUUGCCCAAGGGUGUCGUCAUGGGUAUCUAUGAAAAGGUCUAUGUGAGUACUGUCGAAUAAAACAGUUUUUAUCCACAUGCGGUGCCCAUGAAGCUCAUGAGAGGCGGUCAAAAUUUCCACUUUUGCCCUUUUUGACCCUCCCUGGGGGGUCCCACGGUUCGUUAAGGGGGCCAAAAACUAUGCAAUGUUAAAGUACCCCCAUAGACCUUCAUUUUGAUACCCAUGUUGACAUGUUUCGAUGACAUCAACUUUUUGACCCCUACUUUGGGACCAUUAGGCCCUAUUAAGGGUCUCAUUUCUGACUUAAUGUGCAAUUUUACGCGGGAGAAAAAUUGAUUUUUGAAAUCAGCACCCCCAUAUUACCCAAAAACGGCUGUUUUCAAUUUGCCCGCUAAUUUGUCAAACGGAACUUCACAUUUUUCACACUCGUCCCAUGGCCUACCAUGGUUUAGGUGGACUGUGGCAGGUGCUAGUGAUUGGACCAAGGCAAUAGUUUCCUGGCUACUGGUGGCAUGUUGCAUUGUACAGGGAUUCAGUGCCUUUGGUUGAAUAUUCCCUCUGGGAAGGACACCCUAAACUUUUGGGUGAGAUGAUGAAAGGACAAAGUUCUAAUAUAUAUGGAAUGACGGCAUUUCAGAAAAGCUUUAUGUUUUGUGUAGUGUUCUUUGGAGUAUUCAGAUACUAUCAGAACUUCUAAGUUCCAGGAAAAUUUUAGAGUCAUGUUACAUGAUUUUCAUAAUUACUGAUCAUGUUUCAAUGUGUGUUUUAUUGUGUUUCAUCAUUUUGCCGGAGAAAGCAAGGUUUAUGCGUGCAGUUUACUCCAUAGUUUUGAGAUUAGAAAUCGUCUUUUGUAUUGUAUGUCAAAGAGGUUUAUGAUGGAUUUACUAGUAUUACAGGUUUUUGUAGGGAAGAAAUAUCCUUAUAGCGGGACAUGCUAUGUUCACGACAAUUUGUUCAGCUUUGGUGCAACUGCCAAAAGCAAAGUACUAUGUCCUUGUAUGCAUAAAUGUUGUAUUGUUCCAUACAUACUGUCCUUGCAUACACGAAUGUUGUAUGGUUCAGUGCAUAAUGAAUUGAUCUGUUAGAGAGUUGAAUCGAAAUGGGGCUAGUUCCUGGACAGUUGAACUAUAGUGUAACAUUUUACUAGUACAUUAUGUUACAUGGUGUCAGGCCAAUGGAAGAAUGUCAAAGAAAGGAAAGAUUCGUAAUUUUUAAUUCUGUACACAUUGUAUAAUAAUAAGUACUUUAACGUAUAAGGAUGGUCGUUGUCUCAAUUUGGUAUUUGCUCUUGAUAUUAAAAUGAAACAGAAUGUAUAAUUUACAUGACCUGUAGGCCUAUCUAAAUAAUGAGGUCCCAGGGUAAUGUGAGUCUUCUACUAUAUAGAGCCCCGCCCGCGGAAUUUUUUUCCCCGAACCUUUCGUACAACACAGUGUACAUUGAUGAAACUUUCAACCAAUGAGAUGGAAGCAAAUAUGUGACGUCAAACUCGUGAGCUUAGACCAUCCACAAAGUCCAUUUUUGAGCCAAUUUUGGGAAGUUCGAUGAGCGCGAGUUCGAAUCCCGCAAGGGGAUGGUAACAUUUUAAAAUUUUUUUAAAUAUUUUGUUCUCCUUUUUUCUUUCUUUUUCUCUUUCCAAAUUUUAAAUCAUGGCAUUCUUUUGCCCAAUAAUAAUAAUAUAUAAGGACAAUGCUAUUUAAAACAUGAUUUCAACAAAAAAGGGGGACUAUUCACAGCAGGAGCUAGGUCAAAUGUGUGUCCUUUAGGAUGUGUCCUUCUCAUCUCUCUUUAGAGUGUAGCCUACCCCUUUAAGAGGGACAGUGGGACAUCCUGAGAUUUAGGCCUUUUCACUCAUACCUCAUGCUUGCUGAGGUGGUGUGGGGCUUUCUUUACGCCAGACUUCAACGUUGUUUCUGCUAGGCUCUCAGAUGCAAUGCAAAUGAGAAUAUCAUGGUUUAACAAAUCAACCUCUUUAUUCUCCGAGAGUGUAGUUCCACGAGAUUCACCAUGAAUCUAAUUGAGUAACAGCUCCCCUAACUUCACAGCCUCAUUAGGCAGUUGCAGAGGAUGUUCACUUAAUAGUACAGCCACAUUGUGCUGUAUCACCACCUGAUUCCGUAGGGUUAUUGACAGAUGUGGUGGUGCCAUCGUGAACUCUGUAACCGCCACCAAUUUAUGCAUCAGAGUUUGACGUCACAUAUUUGCAUCCAUCUGAUUAGUUGAAAGUUUUAUCAAUGUACACUGUGUUGUACGAAAGGUUCGGGAAAAAAAUUCCACGCCCCGCCCAGAGGAAGCCUCAUCGGUUUGGCCGCCGCACAUGUGCAUCACCGAGUUAGAUAAGAGUACGAGGAGACGACCACACCGAUAUAAGGGACGAUUUUGUAUGACAAUGUACAUGUAUAUCGUAGGAGUUCAUGAAUAAAGCUAACAUUAGGAUUA